AACCGUGCCGUGACCUUUUUUCUAAACACGCUGUAAUGAGUCAGAUACGACUUAGAAUACCACCAUCCAGUGAGGAAAUCUUUGCAGUUUGCUGAAAUGGAGAUGAAAGAGUUUAUUUAUCUUUUUUUCACCAAGUCAGUGAUUUUUAAUGAGUAAACAGCCUCUGGGGGGAGAUGCUAAACAGGUUUUUUUCUUUCUGGCUGACUGAGACUAAUUGCUGCGUUCACUAGCUGUUACAAAUCCAUAUUUUGUUAUGAAGUCUUCUGAAAAAACACUUUUCUCGUUCCUUCAGACAGAAGAUGAUUUAACGACCCGUCCCAGCAUCCGCUUUGUGUGAGCAAUGAGCAAGUCUCUCCUGAAGCGAUUUAACAUCACACGUCUUGAUUUAUGAGUCCUCACCUCCGCCCUGCUGAUCGGUCUUGUCCCAAGCUUGUCCCACUUCAGCGGGUCCUGUGUCAUGACACCAGUUGGCCUUAAGACCCUCACAGAGGAUAAAACCUGGAUGAUGUGAAACCAGGUUUACAGGGGUGAUGGAGAGGUUAACUUCCCCUUGAGGGCUUUUUUGAGGUAAUAAUGGGAGAUGAUCAAGCUUAAAAGGUCAGUUAACCCAAAUCACUAAAACAUAUGUUUUCACACUCGGACAUUUAAGGUUUUAUUAGCUGAGGAUUUGCCUGUGAGAUUUUGGCUGAUACCCCAGAAGAGCGGAGGUGGCAGCUUCUUAAAUCUGUCCUUGCCCCGAUGCUGACCUCUAAAAGGGCAGAACUGACACUAUAAAAUAAUUUGGAGAAAUGUAUUUGGCUUUAAUUGCGAGAUUAAGUUGAGAACUGUGAUACCCCUCUUAUGUGUGGAUGCUAAAUAUGAAGCUAGCAGCUGGUUAGCAUGACGUAGCCAGGAAGCAGAUGGACGCUAGCUGACUCUGUCAAGGUAAAAAUAAGUAAAGGCACAAAAAAUAAGCUAAACUAGCAUUUGAACUUUUAUGUCUGUAAGGUAAUGAAGCUAACACCAGCUGCCAGUUAGCUUAGCAUAAGUUAAGGACUACAAACAGGACUAGGACAGGCUACUUCCCAAAAUGUCAAACUGUUCCUUUAAAACCCAGCUCACAACCAGUCCUAAAUUUUUGUAAAUGUCUUUAUGACAUGCUAACUGUAAUCAUCUCCUCGCUCUAGGUAGCUUAGCUUAGCAUGAAGACUGGAAACAGGGGGAAACAGCUAGCCGGGCUCCAUCCAAAGGUCCUGGACUAUUUCCUGUGCAGAUUAGUAACUUCCUGGAGUCUCCGCUGGUUGCCUGAGACGACAGGACACCAGGAAGCAGUACAAGUGUGGGAUCCUGAAGUGCCAAUUACUUAAAUAUACCUCUGGAAAUGAGGCUGCGGAGGAAACUGCGAAGGGUCUCAACAGGAACACCUGAAACGUGAGCAGCGCUGAGAUGCGCCUCGGUGGCCGCGGGGGGACCAAUGUGUGCGUGGCCGCAGAUGCAGGACGGGCUGUCGGUGCGUUCGCCAUGAAGUAUGAGGACAAGAGGCUCAGAGACAAGGACACAGGGACGUUCGGUUUCUUACAGAGGAAACUCACCAACCAGUUGACCCAGUUGCAUCACCCCUGCUGCUGUCUAUGAGCUGCACUGAGGCGGAGGAGUGGACUGUCCAACAAUCCUGACAUACGGAAAAACCCUGUUGAAGCUCCACCACAGCAGCAGCAGCAGCAGCAGCAGCAGACAGCAUGUCGUCUCCUUCCCUCCCCAUGCCCUCUCUCCCCCCCAGCCCUCUGGCUAUGGAGUACCUAAACGACUUUGACCUCCUCAAGUUUGAGGUGAAACCUGACACUCCACCGCUCCCUCCUCCAUGUUCGUACCCCAAAUCUGGCCUCCCCCAAGACCCCUCCAGCUCUCCGUACACCAGCCACCCUCCGCAGGACUCCAGUUUGAGCUCCAGCCCUUACAACUCGCUGCCACCCUCGCCCACGCUCAGCGACGCCCACCCGCCGCCUUCGGGCUCUUCCUCCCUCUCAUCGUCAUCCUCCUCCAUCUCCUUCCCCCUGUCCAUCUCCAACAGCUUCACCUCCGGCAUCAGCUCCGGCUCUCAGGGGAACGUGGAAGGCAGUCCGGCCCACAGCGGGCCUCAGGGCCCCACCCCGGCCUCCCUGGAGGACUUGAUCUGGCUGGCGGCGCUGCAGCAGCAGUUUGGAGGUGAGGUGACGGGGCCCGCCACUUUGCUGGGAGCCUUGGGAGGGGUGCCAGAGCGAGGGGACAGAGAGAGGGGGCCGGUCAACGGAUUUCUGGGCUGCGAGGAUGCUGUGGAGGCUUUGCUGAACUCAGCUGCUGCAGCUGUCAGCUCACAGUUUCCAGGUCUUUCCCAAAGUUCGAGCAGCAACCUGGGAGACUCCAGCAGCGACAGUGGAGGUGACAUCUCCUGCGCCAAAGGAACAGACAUGUGCCAUCGCCCGCUCGUCUUCCUCUCAUCGGCCCCUAACUCCCUCCCCAACGCCGCACCCGCCUCGGCUCCUUACCCACAACCCCUCAGCCCCCAGGGCCGCCUUCAUCACCACCAGCAUCACCAUCAUCAGCACCACCCACACCACCCCAUGCAUGGCAGCCAUCACCAUCAUCACCACCCACAGCUCAGCCAGUGCGGGUUGAACGAUCGCUUUUCUGACGAGCAGCUGGUGAGCCUGUCGGUGCGGGAGCUGAACCGGCACCUGCGCGGCGUGAGCAAGGACGAGGUGGUGCGCUUGAAGCAGAAACGCCGCACGCUAAAGAACCGCGGCUACGCACAGUCCUGCCGCUAUAAGCGCUUACAGCACCGCCACGCUCUGGAGUCGGAGAAACAUGUGCUCACACAACAGUUGGAACAGCUACAGUGCGAGCUGACUCGAGUGCUGAGGGAGAGGGACGCCUACAAGGCUCGCUACGAGAAGCUCCUCAGCACGAACCACAGCAUCGGCGGCGACGCCCCACCGACCCGCACCAGCAACCCACCUUCCCCGCCCCCCGAUUACUUCCUCUGAGUUGCACCCACAGGGAGAGGAAGAAGGGAUGAGUAACAAGACCAGCCAACGUGGAGCUAUCAAUGAUGAGUAAUCAGACUUGGGGGAAGAAAAAACAAGGACGUGUGUAUGUGCGUGUGUGUGCGCGCGCGCGUGUGUGUGUGUGUGUGUGUGUGUGUGUGUUUGUGCGUGAGAGAGAAAGUGAAAGUGAGAGACAUUGGCAGGCAGUUUUGGGGGCUAUACAACUGUGAAAUCCACCCUUGGAUGUUUAAAGGGGAAUUGACUGUUAAUUCAUAGUGUUAGACUCUAGGACUCGGCUCUAGGCUGCUUCACGGACUUCAUUUUUCACCUCACUGUGAAUGAUAGUUGCACAAACACCAGCGGAGAGCUCUCUGAGGUCUCUUGCUUCGUGAUAUCAAACCAAAUAAGACAAUGAAAACAGGUGGGGGGAUGGGGGGCUUUAAAACGUAUCAUUAGUCCCUUACACUGCUUAGAAUAUUAUCUUUGCAAUACUAUUUAGCUGCAAUGUGCUCUCUAAAGGAGUGGCUGGGGCGUGAACUGUAGUUGUGUUUUUUUUAUAAUAAGCUGCUAAAGCUGCAGAGGUCUGAGUAGUGCAGUGGUGCUGGAUGUGGAGUGGUAUGGGCUUGGAUAAAGUAUCCACGGCAUGCAGUUGUAUUUGCCAGCUAAUAUUUUCACAGUUGCCUACCAAAGUGUUGAAGCUCACCAAGACUUGUUAUUCUUUGUAAGAUGAAUAAUCAUAGAUUCAAGAAUGUACAAGGAUACCUUUCAUGGGAAUCUUCCAGUGAUUGUGCUAAAUGAGUAGCGGGGGAUGUUGCUCUUGUGUUUUACAAGCAAAGAAAUCUACCUUUUUUUUUUUUUUUUUGCUAAAACAGUAAAUUGGCAGGAGGGGACUUGCUGUUUGCUCUUCAAUAAUACAUUUUAAAAAAGGGGUUUUUACAUACAUACAGAGGAGCGGAGCUGGUAGUGUGCUUAACUAAAGCGGCUGAGAGAUAGAAACCCAAAUUGCAGCAGCAGGCGAACAAAAAAAAGAGUGUGGCAUGAUUUGUGUGGUUGUGUCCAGUUCUCCAGGCUAGAGAAGCUAUUUUCGGGCGGAUUCGAACACCUCUGUAACAGCGACGAUCACCAAAUUAAUGCAACGUGCAGCACCACAGAGCUGGUCACUGUGGGCUCGGGUACUGUGGGCUACAGAAAAAUGAAACGGUGCAGGGAUUUCAAACAAACAGAAAGAAAGAAAUGCAAAAAAAAAAAAACAAACCAAACAAAUCUCUUCGUGGAGACACCCCUCUUAACUGUCCCAUGAGAUCAAUGCCAGGGUUCAUGCAUUAGAGCUAUUAAUUUUGUUUGGGUGUAGGUAAAAUAAAUUGUUCUUUUAUUUAUUCACUUAUUUAUUCAGUAUUUAUUGUUUAUUUAUGUACUGAUUCUAAUUAUUUUACUUUACUGGUUUUAUUCCAUUAGCGUGUAUUUUUACUUUCCUACAGUUUAUUAUUUGAUCCAACCGUGUUUAGAAUUAACAUUAUUACACAAACGACGGCCAUCAUCAUGGUCUCCUGCUCCUGUUGUAGUGUGGUUUCAUAUGCAUUAUGAAAUAAAACAAAGUACUUUACCA